AUGUCAUCAUCUACAACAAUGAUGAUAUCAUCACCAAACUCAAAGGGUGUAAAUGGAGGUGUUUCACCGAAUGGCGGUGCAAGUACAACACCUAUGUCACCAUUGUCACCAUCGAGUCAUUCUUUGUCAUCACCACCAAUGGCAGUACCCACAAUAAACCUAAUAGUUACACCACUCGUAAAGAAUCGUGUAGAGAUAGACUUUACUGCUAAGGCAUCGAAAGAAGGUCUAUUCUCAAUGUGGACAACUACUUCCGAUAAAAAGAUAUCCUAUACAAAAGAUUUAACAUUGAAAUUCGAUCAACAAGAUGCUGUUCAACAGCUAGUUACUAGUCCAGUGAUAACAGGUCAAUUAACAGCGGUUGGAAUCGAAGACAGUAUACAGGUGUUUGAGAAUAUACAUUAUUGUUUGUUCUAUCCGUUGAAUACAUCGAUGAUCACUGAGAAUCCAUCGACUAUCAAAUCGAUAUUGUCGUGUGUCAACGAGGUGUUUUCUUACUACUUGGGUGUGGCGCGAAAGGAAGCAGAGUCGGACUCUAAGCAGUUUGAGAUUCUAGCGCAGUCGCUCGAGAAGUUCAUCGAUGAAACACUCAAUAGUUUGCGUGAUCAAUCACAAUACAGUUUGGCUUAUCUUCAAAAGUCGUUUGCCAAUCAUCUGACAGAGAAUGCCAGGCGACUACAACAUGCUGGUGGUGGCGGCGGCGGCGGCAGUGGCGGUGGCAGUGGCGGAAGCGGCAGCAGUGCAAAUGGCAUUGAAAGUUCGCUCUACAACGAUAGCAUACAAAAGUUUAACUAUAUUCUCUCGAUGGCUGUGGAUUCCGUUGAGAAUCUCGAAAAGUCGAGGAUUAUUCGCGCGGCAAUGAAGCUCGAUAGCUACCAAGAGAAGAUCGCCUAUCUCAAGGCAAAGUCGCUGUCUUGCAAGGAGUUCUUGCUGCACCAGAUGAAGUGUAGAAAGAUCAAUAUCGAUGCCAAUCCAUUCUAUAGUCGCGCGGCGUUCAAGAGCGAGAAGAACUUCCAGUCGUGGCGGAAGCACGAGGAGCAACAGCUGCAGAGAGUCGCACCUCUGAUACAGCCGCGCGAAGAAUAUCUGAAAUCGAUCUGGGGCAUCAGACACAAGGAUAAAGACACUCUCGGUGUCAUAGCGAUAAAGGUGGUGCAGGCACGCGAUCUCAUCCUAAAGGAAGGCAAUACCAAGCUGGAUCCAGUGGUGGAAGUGGAGUUUGCUGGCGAGAAAAAGCGCACAAAGAAAUCGAGUGGAGUCAAUCCCGUAUUCAAAGAGCACUUCUCAUUCCACAUCACCAAGUUGAAUAUGAACUCUGAGAUUGAAUUUAGCUUGUGGGACACCAAGGAGAAAGAUCACUUUCUUGGCAAGUACAAGUUCACCGCAAAGGAGUUGAUGGCGUUCACAAAGCGCGAAGUCAAUUGGUAUCAACUUCAGAAGCGAUCCUCUCGCUCAAAGAUCAGUGGUGACAUCCGACUUCAGUUCCACUACCUCAUUUUCCCAGAUGUCGCUACGGCACUUCCCAACCAUGUAAACUAUUACCGAAUCCUAUUGGAGAGAUUGAUCAACUAUGAGGUACAAGCAAACUACAGUACGGCAAUGACAGCAACGACCGCAACUAAAUCUUCUCAAAAGAAGAAACUAACUAUCAAUAUCGAUAGUUCGAAAUCAUCGUCGAUUCUUUCAACACAAUCAACGAUGUUGUUGAAAGAGUAUGCCGAUCGCUAUGGAAUUCUCGAAUCUACAAGUAAACUCUUGUUGUUGGAACAUCUUACAAAGAUUGUUAUUGAGCAUUCAGCACUCGAAUGCAUUGCAGAGAUUAGAGGUUUGCUGAAACACAUUAUCGAUUUCAAGUUUGGUGAUAUUGGACUGACGCUUGAAGAGGAGAAGAUACUCAACGGCAUAGUCGAGCGACUGGCACCGACCUUUAAGAAUUGGAUAUUCAACUUCCAGUCUGUUUUUCCACAGAACAAUCCACCCGGUGCUAUGAAGACAUUGAUCGAUGUCUACUAUCUAUUCAGAUCGUCGGAACUGUCCGAGUUGCCGCCACUACCGGAUCUCUUGAAAGAUCUCUAUCAGAAGCGUUAUCAAUGUGCGUUGAGCAUGGCCGAAUCACUGACGGCAGCACAGACACAAAACACUGGAGGAAAAGCAGCUUGUCUAGUCAGAGUUUGUGAUAUUCUUUUGUUUAAUCUCGACGUAGAUAAGAAGUACUAUAGUCGUGAUUUCCCUAGUGAAUAUCGAAAAGAAUAUCGAUCAACUAACCAACAUCAACAACCAAAACAUUCCGAUUUCCAUUCAGUUGACUCCACUGCUACAGUACAUCGCCAACAAACUUCAGAUUUUCUCGCAAAGAAGAACGAUUUCGAACUGACGACACAACAGCUCGAUCUAAUCGACGGAAUGGUCAAGUGUUUCGGUGAGUUCUUCUUUGUCGACGGUGAAGGUCUGACGCAGAAAGCAAUCGAUAAGGAAUCCGAGCGAUUCAUGAUCAUCUUGGCGGCGUAUCGUGAGGCAAUCCGCAGCGGUGUUCGCGACUUUGAUCCGCUCGGCUUGAAACAAGCACUGAAAAAUAUCAACUUUGCAAACCUCAAGCCCGAUUUGACCUACCUGAAGAAGCUGAACAUCAACCUCAAAGAGAUACCAAAGCAACUCGAUAUAUUCACACUCAUAAAGACAGCGAUCGAAAAGAAACAAAAAGAGAGAAAAGAACGUGAGGAGCGUGUCGCACAAAAGAAAUCGAAUCGUGGUAAAGUUGCAAUACAAAAAAUAUCUUCGUUCCUACAAGUGAAUAGAAAAUCAGCAGCAGUAACAACGACCAAUCAAACAACAACAACAACAACAACUACACAAACACCAACCACAUAA